CCAACACCCGGAGGAGCGGCUUUGCCUCAGCCGGCCGCCGGGACUCAGAAGCGGUCGCAGGACUUGCCGCUCACGGUCGCCCUUUUGCUAGAGGUCUCGGGGCCCUGGAAAUCCGCCAUGAGCGGCGCCGCUGAAGAGCAAGAGUCCUCCGUCGCCUUGAGACGCGCCUCAUUACCUUCAAGCGGCGACUGGGCGGCACAGGAGGAAGAGCGCAACGGACAGCCCCUGAGGAGGGCUGAGGGGGAGGCGGCGGCGGCGGAAGCAGCGGCAGCAGAAGACAGCGAGACGCGGCAGUUCGCCCUGUGCCUGGUCCUUGAGGCGGGGGCGGAGGUGCAGGAAGUAGAAGAGAGCAUAGAAGGGAUGUUAACAAAACUGGAUGAGUUCUGUGGCAUGACUGAUAUGAUCAGAAGUGACACAUCCCAGUUCCUGGAUGAGACAAUUCCACUAAUUAAAGCCAAGAUGAUAGAAAUGAACAAUAUCUAUUUGAAGGUGGAUAAACUAGAGGCAUUUGUUAAAAUGGUUGGACAGCAUGUUUCUUUCCUGGAAGAACAAGUGCUCCAAGCAGAGAAGGCUCGUGCUGUCAUCCCCUACACCGUCCAAAAGCUAUUUGGAUCUGCUGCUAUCCCCUUAUUUAACAAAAAAUGCACCUCGUCUCCACAGCACACUUACAGCCUGCCAGAGCUCUACAGAACUGAAGACUAUUUUCCUAUCAAGUACAUAGGUAGCAAAUAUCAAAACCAUUAGUUCUGCAUUAAAUUUAUUGAUAGCAUUUUAGCCAAAUCAGUCUAAAGAUAUUUAUAGUGAUAUACAAAGUAAAAGAAUGGAAGAAUGGCAGAAUUUCGACCAUAUACACUGACCGAAUCAUUGUCUCAAGCUAGGAGGGAAAACUUAAAUUUAGUAUGCUAGCCUAUCAAAAAACACAGAACAUUCCAAUGAAAAGUCCUAGUUUUGAACCACUGAAGGUCUCCUACAUUCAGACUUCAUGCCUAUGACAUGUUGUCAUGCUUGUCUGUUUGCUCUGUCCUCCGCUGACUUGAUUUUAGUGUUCAGUCUAACUCAAAUUUAUAUUUAGCGUUAUGUCCAAGGAACCUGAAUGACUUGGUAUGCAUUUUUUUCCACAAAUGGGAAACAGAAUCCUGGUUUGUGAGGAAGAAGCAAAGUACAGAUUAUGCACUCUUUCCUUUUACAUGGUUACUGAGUUACUGGUCUCCAGUUCCUGUUUUAAACUGAACAUGUGUUGGAUGUCAUGUUUGCUAGCUAUUUCUUGGCUUUUUGUUUCUGUUUGACACUUGAGACAUGUUUGCACAUCAGGAGAUGGCAUAUUUGAGAUGACAAGGUUUGAUGAACCUUACUUUAAGUAGUUUUCUGAUUGCACUGAACAAGCUAUGUUCUCACUUUAGAUACAACUGCUAAAACUAUCGUUUAUACAAAGGAUGCUUCAGUUGUUUUUGGAUGUUUGCAAUGCAAAAUUCCAUUCUGAAAGCAGCUCUCACAAGUGCUGCACAGACAACCCAUCCACACACUGACUGAAUAUGCAAGUGUGCAUAAGCACACUGGCCCGAGUUGUCUGUGCUGUGUAAAUGCACAGACUAGGUGUCCACAGGUAUAUUCUGUCUCCAUGAUCAGCAGUGUUUUGUAAAGCAGCUUCACUGAUCACAAGGAGGAAGUGUAUGCAAAGACAUAUCCUCUGUUCCUUCAUGUUUGUAUUGCACAGUCAUCUGAGGGGGGUGCGUGCUUGUGUCUACUGUCCCUCUCAGCAUAGUAAGUCAACAUGGGUUGUCUACAUAGGACUGAAGUGACAUUAUAUUUAAAUUCAAAUGUAAACAGAGUCCAUUUUUUCCACCCAUGUCACAGGCAUUCAAAGUUCCUAUAUAAUGUAGCUUGAAUGGCACAAAUAAAAUUCUGGAAAGUG